GCUUACCUCGCCCUUACACCAACAAAGAAACAAUCAGCGUGAGGGGUAAAAAGAAAGCUCAUCGGCGCUUCGACCUGCACUGCGGAACACGACCACACGACCCGUCUCCCGUCCCAGACAAAAAAGACUCAGCCCGCCGCACGCUUUUCCGGCUUGGACUCUUCCGCUUUUCCAUCCAUCUACACAAUAAAACAACCUCUUCUUGUCGUCAUCCACCCGACACACUCUCUCCAGCUUCGACCUCAAGCUCCACUCACACCACCCACACACCCACACACACACACACAUCACUCAACACCAUGCCGCCAAUCAGCCAGUUCCCUCCUGCGCGCGUCUUCCUCAAGACUGCUGCUUCAUCUGCGCCCUCUCCCUCGCCCAUCUCCACCACCACCGCCGCCGCUCGGAGAUCGUCCAUGUCAUCAUCCUCGCCCCUCAGCCCCCGCUACACAAUGGCCAUGGCCAGCACAUCCUCAGCCCAGCAACAGGCCUUGGCACAAAUGCUCUCGUCGCAAAGAUCCAGCGUCCAAAGAGUGGUGACGCUGGGCGAGUCUCCGAGACGGGUGACCAACUAGCUUCGUCUGGCCUGGUGCUUGAUUGAAUAAACCCCCCAUAUUUUACAUGAGGGAGCUAGGGCGUUUUUGGCAUGUGACUCUUGAUUUUUAGCCACCGGGGCGUUUUUGGAGCGUUUACGAUAUGAAAUAUGGCCCGAACGAUACGUCGUUUCGCGUGGCUCCUCUCGUUCCUUUUUUUGUGUGUUCUGUUUUGUUCGGACAUUUUGGGAAAACAAAAACAUGUGCCUGUGUUAAGAAAGUGUUUCUUUGCAAGCUUGGAGUUUUGUAUAUAGAUGUUUUGGGGGGCCUGUUUUUCGCCGCGGUUUUUUUUUGGUUUUCGGGUUCUGGUAACGCUGAAAAAAAAGGACGUUGCAAAAUGAAAAUGAAAAACAAUUCAAUCACAUUCAAUCUCAUUC